UAAAAAACCACGCUCUAUCCGCGGAACAAAAUAUCCGCGGGGUCGCCGCCCAGGGGCCUGGCCUGCGAGGCCGUGGGUACGGAUGUAUACUUCGCACGCGCGGGGUCGGCAAGACACGCCAUCGACCCAAGACACGUGCGCACAGCGAGGCAGCCCGAGCAGGCCCGCCGCGAGGACUGGGUCACCCUCGCCCGGGCCUAGGUCAGACCAGGCGGGCGAGGCCGUGGCCUCGAGCAUCUGACUUGUCUGUAAUAUGCCAUGCGAGAAACUUGAAAAAGUAGGAGGGGAGCAGCAAGAAGAAGAGGAAGUCCGUGAGGCGGAGACGGAGAAGGGAGGGACGGCGGCAGCGGGGGCCGCAGGAAGAGGGCAACAGAGGGCGGGCUCGAUCCUGACUGCGGCGUGUACCGGCUGGUGCAGUCCGCCACUGCUGCGCUGCGGCGAGGCAGUCAUGGACAAAAUAAGGCAGAUCAUCCACAAGCAAAACUACCUAGUCCCACCAGCAUGCGGGCUGGGCGGAGGGGGAGGAGGACGAGGAGGGGGCCUGAGGCGGAGGAGGAGGAGGAGGAAUGGUGGACCUCCUUGGCACUGCCUCCACUUGGUGCACGCGCAGGGCAAAAAGGUGCCCCCCUAGGCGCUGCUCACGGACUCGCCGCACGAGCCGCCGGCGACGUCCUCCAGCUGCUGCAGCGCCU